AUAACUCCACGUCCAGAACGUCCAACAACUAGGUGGCAGCAAAAUGUAUAUUUCUGUCAUGAAAUCACGGUUGCGAUGUUGCUGCAGUUUCUACGGAAGUACUGUUGCGUACCCACUGGUAGAAAAAAGCAAGUGUACUCAUUGAAAAAAGAGUAAUAAUGGGUGCGUAUCCAUCUACAUUUUAAGGAUACAUUUACCCGGCUUCGUAGAGCGGUUAUGACCGGUCGUCUCUCUGUGUCCCCAAGUCACAGGCGCCAUGAAGCUAAGACUACACUUCGUGGUGGACCCCAUGGGCUGGUUCUGCGUUAGUAUAGUGUUUGCAAUCUGGCUCUACAACUCGGUCUUUGUGCCCAAGUUGGUGUUGCUACCACAUUUCAAUGAGGGGCAUAUCCCGUGGGCUUUGGUUGUCAGUUACUACAUUGUGUCGGCCCUCUGUAUGGCGGCUCUUUUCAGAGCUUCAACGGCCGACCCCGGGCGUCUUCCUCCCGACCCCCACAUCCCACACUCGGAGAGGGAGCAAUGGGAAAUGUGUAACAAGUGCAACAUGAUGAGACCGAAAAGGUCCCACCACUGCAGUCGCUGUGGCCAUUGUGUACGGCGGAUGGACCACCACUGUCCGUGGAUCAAUAAUUGUGUAGGGGAGGACAACCACUGGCUCUUCUUGCAACUUUGUUUCUACACACAGGUCCUCAGUUUGUUCACCCUGUUUCUAGACUUCUGCCAGUACUAUUACUUCCAGCCUUUGACCACACUGGACCAGGAGGCGUUUUUGGCCCGUCAUGAACUGGCCCUAAUACGAGUGUCUACAAUCAUGGGCCUGGUGAUGUUUGGCGGCAUGAGUAGUCUCUUCUACACUCAGAUGGCUGGUAUCCUUACCGACACAACCACUAUCGAGAAAAUGUCUUUCUCUAAUGAAAUAGACUCUUCCGGUGGCGGUCCAAAGAAAUGCUGGCAGCGGACUCUGGCUGAGGUGUUCGGCACUACCUGGAAAAUCCUCUGGUUCCUCCCGCUGAGGAGCAGGCAGCCGCUGACCUUUCCCCAUCACCUCCGGAGUCAUGUGUAAGCGCCAGUGACGGAGCUCUGUCGGACUUCACUCCCGACGGUAGGCCGCGACCUCCCCCCAGAGAAUACACUGUGCCGCUCACACGCGCCAACCUCCUUCCACCUCCCUUCGAAGUGCCGUCCACGCCGGGUGUUAGCGGUUGGCGCGUGGACGCGCCCUGCUUUUCUGUCCAUCUCCAUGGGACCCCAGGUUGACUGAACCGGGUCACGAACUUCCGCUUGAGUCGAGGGUUAACACCUCGGGCCGCACCGCAUGUGUUGCGUGCCCUUCGUCAACCUGUCAACGUGACGCUCUACCUGCUUCAAUAGGAAACCAACCACCAAAAAUAUGUUGUUAUGAGUAAUACGUUGUUUUGAGUAAUUGUUUCAACCGAAAUCGUGGAACGGACGUGAUCGUCAGCCAUCGAGAAUGAAUCCUCUUGAUCUUGGGUGCUGCUGUUGGUCCUGAGGGCCACUGUACCCUCAGUGGCUAAUGACCGCGUCAGACCCCAACGGCUUUAGUGUAGCAGAGUCGAUACUGUUUUCUGAUGACACGUUUGGGCUUCUGCCCUCAAGGGAAUUUACUUUUGGGGGAAACUUUUGGUAAAAGGCCAGUGGUUAAGGCUGGGAUACAUUUAAACCCAUCCUGGAAAAGGUUACUUGGUGUCUUUAUAUAUCAUAUAUUAAUCUUGCGCCACACGCUUCUUAUUCUGAAAAGUGAAACCAUACCCGAGAGGUGAGGGGAAGUUGACCCAAUGUGGAUUUUGAUGUGCUAUGUAAGACCAGUCUUAGUUAAUUAGACCAGAAGCAAAAGCUAAGUGGGUUUGAAUUGAGUCCUAAGAACGUCAGGUUAAUUUUCCUUUUCAAACCAACCUAAAUUCUGACUCUUAACUCUGUUGCCAAUUCACAGGUUAAUUGUUUUAUAAUUUGUGCCUUUGGACUUUUUUUUUAUACUUUUUUUUUAAACUGUAAAUCAGCAGUGUGUCUGUGUCUGUUAUUGUCUUGUGGGCUAUGACCUGGUUGAGAAAUGUUUCUGUUGGUCUCCCAAAUCUUUUGAACACUUGCUUUUUACAGAAAGUUAUUAUUUGGGGAAGGAGUUGAAUAUCAAGUAGUAGGUAGACUGGUUUACGCAUCACUAUAAGAUCAGUUCCUUGAUUGAACUGGAUUCCAUAAUUCUACGGUCAGAGGGUUGCUUUAUUUACUUGUUGCGCUAAUUGAAUGUUUUAAAUAAUGUUUUAUGAUGCUCCUGCAAAAAAGAGUUUACUAACGUGUCAUUUGAACAUUUUUAUAAUGUGUGUCAGGUCUUGCUCCAUUAACAUUUUCUGGUGUAGAGCAGAAUUUACUUACCCUUCAGUUUUAUUCAAAUAUUCAUUACAUUUUGUGCUCUGAAAGAGCUAUUUUAAAUGUGCCGAAGCUGUAAGGUAGCCUGGCGAUGAGAGACCCCGAUAACCUCCUUGCCACAUGACUGUCAUACAUUCUUUUCUCAACUAUAAUGAUUUUGGCUAUGAUCUAGACUACCACGUGAUCUCUGUAACACUGUCAAAUAGCCUUUUGUACUCGUCUACUGUCAUUACAAUUUCUAUGACAUAUAACUUG